AUGAUAAAUGGUUACAGCGAUGAUGAGCUUGGCUACGAUGAUGAGUUACCUGAAUUCCAAGAUGAAGCUGAGUUUGACGAUUAUCUAAAUGACGACGAAUAUGAAUUAAUGAUGACAGUGUUCCCAGUUGCUAAAAAAGAACUUCAAGAAUAUCAGGGCUGGGAUAAUCUAUCGGUGAAAUUGGCUUUGUUUGAAAAUAACUUCGAGUUAGAUAAGGCUCUGUUGGAAUUAAAGCGACAAUACAAGAAGAAGGUUAAGCUAUCAUUGGAGCAGUUGGUGAGUUCUCGACUUGCAGCAAAGAACGUUACAGGGGGAAAUUCAUCUCUUUUGAAUGGCAUCGGCAAAUUACAGACCAAUGUAUCUCUGUUGGAUUCGUUGAAAGGGAAGAACUGUGGGAAUCUGGGAACGUCUGAGACCAGUACGUUACCGAAUAGAGGCAACGAGCCGAAUACGAAAGGUGCUUUCGCGUCUUUCAUGAAAAGUAGACAAAGCACAAAGCCAGCUAGUGGGAUUUCGACUCCUACGCCGACGUUUGCAUCUCGGCUUUCUUCGCUAAAAGGUAUUCGACAGGAGAGCAUCCAGAAGCCAGUGGUGCGCAAGGCUACACAGGCCUCACAGCGCACUUCAAAGCAGGGCAGUCAGGAGGUUAGGAAUAUAUUUGACGAAGUUGCCUUAAGGCGACAAGUUACCUCCAUACAGCUCCCGUUUCCCUCAGAUGUUCUCCGCAUUUCCAGCCUAAUAGUCUCUAAGUGGGAAAGCAAAAACACCCAAGUAAACAGUAGGAAAUUGAAAAGGAAGCGCAGUGAUAUCCUGACAGUAUUUUAUCCUAACAAAUUUUACCCAGCAGUAAAAAAACAAGCAGUAGAAAACUUCAAUAAACCAUCUCCAGAUGAUAUUGUGAUAGAGAGCAGGAAGCAUGCGUUAGAAACUGAGAACGUUAGAAAGAAGUUAGCUAAUGUAUCUACGGAUGACAAAAACACCGUUUCUGCAGAAGAGAAGAAAAGUGAGACACAUAAAAUAGGUUAUCAAAGUGAUGAGGGAGAUGAAGAUACACUGUUACCAAAGGAGGAAGCCCCAAAGGUGUAUAAAAGGGCAACAAAGCCUACCAAACCUUCUAAACCAGUUAACAUCAGCGACUACUUAAGUUCUAAAAAACCCCACAUGUCCUUUGUCGUCCUGGGUCAUGUGGAUGCCGGGAAGUCUACCCUAAUGGGACGACUACUUUUUGAUGUUGGCAUCCUUAAUCCAAAGCUUUUGCGCCAGCUUAAAAGGGACUCUGAAUUGAUAGGAAAAGGCUCUUUCCAUUUAGCAUGGGUUAUGGACCAGACUGCUGAGGAGCGUGAACGCGGUGUGACUGUGGAUAUAUGUACCAGUGAUUUUGAAACAAAAAACGCCAGUUUCACUAUAGUCGACGCACCAGGGCACAGAGAUUUUGUUCCUAACGCGAUCACUGGCGUUAAUAUUUCGGAUGUUGCUAUUGUAUCUAUUGAUUGUGGUACUGACGCCUUUGAAUCCGGCUUUAAUCUUGAUGGGCAAACGCGUGAGCACUUACUCUUGGCUAGAUCACUUGGUGCCAAACAUUUGAUAAUGGCAAUGAACAAGAUGGAUACAGUAGAUUGGGAUGAAGGCAGGUUCAAUGAUAUCAAAUCCGAACUAAACAGCUUUUGCUGUGAUCUUGGAAUUAAACAAAACCAAGUGAGUUGGAUUCCUUGUUCAGGAUUAACUGGUGAAGGUGUUUUUGAAACUCCAUAUAAUGCAAGGCAAACUUGGUACAAAGGACCAACAUUGGUCUAUGAAUUAGAAAGAAUAGCAUUGGAAUUGUUCCGGUUAGAUCAAGACCGUAUUACUAACGAUCAAUUCUUAUUUUCCAUCUUGGAUGUGACUCCUAGUAAUAAGAACAAUGAGGGAACUAUUUCAGGUAGGGUAGAAGCUGGUUGCAUCCAACCAGGUGAAACAAUUACAAUUUAUCCUUCUCAACAAAGUGUCUUGGUGGAGAAUAUCUAUAUUGGGAAUAAGUCUCAACCAAUAAGAAUUGCUGUGGAGAAUGAUUUCGUAUCUUUAAAACUUCGUAAUAUUCACUGCGAAGAUGUGAAGAGUGGAGACUUAGUAUCCAUAGUUGGAAUGGAUAUACCCUUGGCUGAAAGGUGUACUAUGCAAUUGGUUACUCUGCAUUUAGAGCGCCCACUACUUCCGGGGACGACGUUUAUGUUAUUCAAAGGUGGCUCCCAAUAUCCUGUUAAAAUUUCAAAAUUACUGCAAAUUGUAGAUAAAGCAAAUCCUAGUAAGGUUUUGAAGAAAAAGGUCAGACAUUUGGGCUCAAAUCAAGCCGCCAUUGUCGAGGUGGGAUUGACUGAUGGUAAAAGACCCUUGCCAAUAUUGACAUUUGAACAAAAUAAACGUCUUGGAAGGGUAGUUUUACGUAAGGACGGAAGAACCAUUGGGGCAGGUAUUAUAACAUCAAGAGGUUAG